AUGACUUUAUUCGGCAGUACCAGAUUGUUGUUUUUGUUGCUCAUCAUCACAUUCGUGUUAUUAUUACUGACGAGUACGUGGGUGGUGAAAGCCCAUUCAAACAUCAAGAAUAACAAUUUCAUUAUUCAUCAAGAACAAAAAUCCUCUUCAUCGCUUCCACUUCUUCUUCGUGAAUCGAAAUCCAACAUUCAACUCUUUCCGAUUCCUUCCAUCAAUGAUCGAAAAGUUGUUGUUGAUAAGGAUGACAAGAAUGAUGAUCGAAAUGAAGCACAAAAUAUUCUCCUCUCUGAGUAUUAUUUACAACAAAAACAAUUAUUGAAAAUUCAUGAACAACGAAGGCGACUUCGAAAUUUUAAAAAAAUUAACAAUUUCUAUGGCUCUGAAGAUUUCCAAAUUCGUCACAUUCAUUUGGCUCUUACACAACAGCCCAAUGAGAUGGUCGUUCAAUUUCAUACCUUUGCUUAUCAUUCUUCGUUGGGAAAGCCACUUGUGAAAAUUGGCAAGACCAAAGACUUGUCCUCCAAUUUUACAGUAUUUCAUGUUGGAGCUGUAAUGACUGGAUAUGGAGAUACAAAUCACACAGGUUUUGAUUAUUCAAUUUUAAUGUCACCUCUUGAAUUUGACACCACUUAUCAUUAUCAAGUGGGAUUGGGAUUUGUGAAUUCGUUGAGUGGAGAGGUCACUUUUAUGGUCAAGUCCGAACAUGUUUAUAAUUUCACAACAAGAAGUUCUGAUCCAGAUGAAAUAUCUGUACUCAUGUUUGCCGAUAUGGGAGUUGUUUUUUCACCAAUGAAUGUGAAACGUAUUCAAAAUCGAGUUCGACAAGAAGCAAUGAAUGGAAAUUUCUUUAUUUAUCAUAUUGGAGAUAUCAGUUAUGCUGAUUUUUAUCCUGGAAUUAUGUAUCAAUUUAUUUGGAAUUUGUGGUUUGAAUAUUUUGAGGGAAUUCAUCCCUAUGUUCCUUAUAUGGUAUCAGUGGGUAAUCACGAGUACGAACCAAGACACCCAGACAAUCAAGAUUAUGAAAAAAACUUUGCUGCUUAUAAUCACAAAUUUUGGAUGCCACUUCGAAACAAUUCCCAAUACGGACAUAAUAUGUGGUAUCAUUUUGAUAUGGGCCCUGUUCGAUUUGUCUCGAUUGACACUGAAACAAAUUAUCCAAAUGCACACGAUAGUCCUUUUCCUCCUGUUUUCAAUGGAGAUCAGUUUUCGUAUGUCACAAAUGCAAUCAAAUCAACCAAUAGAAGUCAAACACCGUUCUUGAUGGUGUUGGGACAUCGUCCAAUUUAUUCAGCAGUGAAAGGAUUUAGUGAAGCCAAUGGAAAUGUCAUUUCACAAUCGAAAACUCUUCAAAAUUUAUGGGAACGAGUGUUUUAUGAGGGACAUGUGGAUUUAUAUACAUGUGGACAUGUUCAUGCUUAUGAGAGACAAUAUCCAUUAUAUAACCAAACCGUUGAGACCAAAUCAAACCCAAAUAAUUUAACAAAUCCUAGAGAUACAGUUCACCUUAUUGUUGGAACAGGAGGAUGUGUUGAAGGACUUGAACUCAAUGAAUGGUAUAAUAAGAAUAUUUAUUGGAAUUAUAAAAUAUUCAAUGAUGAUGAAGGAUAUGGAAUCUUGCGUGUGAAAAGAGAUAAAAUCAACAAGAGACAAGUGACAGUCACUUGGGAAUUUUAUAGCACCACUCAUGAUGAAUUAGUAGAUUCUUUUGUCAUGACCAAGCUCUAUUAA